UUUCCCCUUGAAGGAUUCAUGCUGAUGUCUGCAGAGUCGGUUAGAGUAAAAACAGCGCAUGCCUUCCUGGAGUCGGGAUCCGUAAAUUCUGACGUAGCCCGUGCAUCUUAAAAAUCCUUAUAAUAACGCCUAGGCAUUUAAGUUGCUAUGGUCAUUCCGAUCUCAAACCAAAUGGAGAAACUACGGAUUUUUUUUCCUUAUUACGGUCGGAUGGGAUGAAGACCUUCCUGCCUGCUAAGAGCUGGGGAUCUAUCCAUAGAGAUACAUAGAUAUGUUUAUCAAUAUGUCAGUGUGUGAGUAUAAAGUGGUGGUUUCUUAGACUAUCAGUGGUUUGACCUUGAACCUGUGCCAGUGAAACAGCAGAUUACUUUUAUUUAUGCAUUUAAUGGAUUGAAGAAAAGAACCUUUUUUUUUUUUUUUCUCUCUCCGCAACUGCAGUAAGGGAGGGGAGUUGGAUAUACCUCGCCUAAUAUCUUCUGGGUUCAUACCGUCAUUAUUGUUUAUUGCUGUGCUCCAAAAGCCGAGUCCUCUGAUGGCUCCCUUAGGUGAAGUUGGGAACUAUUUCGGUGUGCAGGAUGCGGUACCAUUUGGGAAUGUGCCCGUGUUGCCGGUGGACAGUCCGGUUUUGUUAAGUGACCACCUGGGUCAGUCCGAAGCAGGGGGGCUUCCCAGGGGACCCGCGGUCACGGACCUGGAUCAUUUAAAGGGGAUUCUCAGGCGGAGGCAGCUAUACUGCAGGACUGGAUUUCACUUAGAAAUCUUCCCCAAUGGUACUAUCCAGGGAACCAGGAAAGACCACAGCCGAUUUGGCAUUCUGGAAUUUAUCAGUAUAGCAGUGGGCCUGGUCAGCAUUCGAGGCGUGGACAGUGGACUCUACCUCGGGAUGAACGAGAAGGGGGAGCUGUAUGGAUCAGAAAAACUAACCCAAGAGUGUGUAUUCAGAGAACAGUUUGAAGAAAACUGGUAUAACACCUACUCUUCGAAUCUCUAUAAACACGUGGACACUGGAAGGCGAUACUACGUUGCAUUAAACAAAGACGGGACCCCCAGAGAAGGAACCAGGACUAAACGGCACCAGAAAUUCACACAUUUUUUACCUAGACCAGUGGACCCCGACAAAGUACCCGAACUAUAUAAGGAUAUUCUAAGCCAAAGUUGACAAAGACAAUUUCUUCACUUGAGCCCUUAAAAAAAGUAACCACUAUAAAGGUUUCACGCGGUGGGUUCUUCUCGAUUAGCUGGGGGGUCACCCCAGCUCCACUGUUGCCAAACUUUGCCGCAUGCAUGAUGUCCGAUGGAGGCUUGGACGGGAACAUGCCGAUUCUGUUCUGCACUUACAGGCUGGUCCUUCCGGAGGCCGGCCGCUGCCCACUUGCUCGAUUUCUUGUGCAAGGAGGAGAGGGAGACUGAGCGGGGGUGCGAGUGUGUGCGUGGAUGAGUAGCAGGGGGAACUGAAGAGAGAGGCAGAGAGGACAACGGCCUGAUGCAUGCUGGGAUUUAGACGCGCUUUUGCAUUUUUGAUCAGUUGUACUUCAUCCUGUAUCCGCACAGCCAUACUUCGACUCAUCAGGAUCGGGGCUGGUGGCCUUCGCAAGGGCACGCUGCGUUUUCAGAGGUGUGGAGGGUGCAGUCUUACUUCAGAGACUUUUUCAGUUCACGCUCGCUGGUGCCAUCCCAGUGAAUUGAAAGCAAAGACCUCUUAGGCAAAAAACAAAAAAACGAAAAAACAAAUACAAAACAAAACAAAACAAAAGUUAAAUUUAUUUAUAGAAAUUCCAAAGGCAACAUUUUAUUUAUUUUAUAUAUUUAUUUAUUAUAUAGAGUUUAUUUUUAAUGAAAUAUGUACAGGCCAGAUAGGCAUUUUGGAAGCUUUAGGCUCUGUAAGCAUUAAAUGGCAAAGUCCGCUACGAACCUGUGGUAAAUUCAUGCAAGUAAAUAACGGUGCAUGGAUGUGAGAAAUUCUAAUGACCCUAAUGUACUAAAGGCGACAAUCUCUUUUGUGCCCGUAUUAUUGUAAACUUAUGCACAUCAUUCAUGACACUGAGUAUUCACUCUUCAGACUGCUUGUUUCAUAGCUUAUCCCAGAGGAUUAAAGAAAAACUGGGUCUCAAACUUUUAUUCUGUGUCUGUAAUAUUUCCUCUCUCAUUAAGUGACUUAUUCCAUCAUUGUAACUUCACGGUUGGAAGAUAUAAGGGUUGGUAUAUAUCCUACGUGUUUAAAUCUAUUGCAGAAUAUACCAAAGCUAAACAAUAACUCUGCUUUUGUUUUAGUUGAUCUCCAGGACAACAGGUCUAACAUCAAACAUUGUACUGAUUUAGAUGCUCAAAAACGGGGGG